AUGCCAACCUUAAUUGAACCCGAAACGCCGGAUUCGAACUCUGAUUUGGUAUCAGCGCCAAGUACGUUGGAUGAUUUGAAAGCUGAAAAUUCUGGAAGUCAAGAAGAAACAUAUUCAUACACUUUAAGAAUAAAGAACCCUAGUCCCGAACUGGACGAGCAUCUUCUUCGAUUUCAGGAACAAAAUCAACUAUCCCCAUCUUUCUUCUCUUUAAUACGGACCACCCGAAACGAAACAUAUUUCUGCUUUAUUAAGUUUGCUGAGAGAAAAGAUCUCAUGGAUGAUUUUGUGAAAUAUUUGACCUCUCUGAAAGAUGGUGAGCAAGAUAGACCAUUCGAAUUAGAAACCAUCGAUUCCGAAUAUAAGUUGAAUCUUCAGCUUCCUGGUAAUCUUUACAUCAGGGGUCUGCUACCAACAACUCGCUCAGAAGAUCUAUACAAGAUAUUCCACCCUUAUGGUGAGGUGCAAUCGUGUAAAGUUAUAUAUGACGAUUAUGGCUUUUCCAAGGGUUACGGAUUUGUGAAUCUGGCAAACAGAAUGCAGGCUGAUAGGGCAAUUAAAGGCUUAAACGGACAGAGCGUCGCCGGAAAUAAUCUUUUCGUCAAUCACCAUGUUUCCAAGACCGACCGCUUGAAAGACAUGGAAAUCAGGAGACACAACUAUUCGAACUUGUAUGUAAAGAACAUUCCACCAAAGUAUUCAAAGGAAGAUCUUUCAUCGUUGUUCAACAAAUUUGGAACAAUCGAUUCCGUCUUUCUUCCACACGGUGAGAACGGUGAGGAAAAUAAAGGCUAUGGUUUUAUCAAUUUCAGAUACCACAAAGAUGCUGUCCAGGCUGAGCAAGAAAUGAACAACUUCGAGCUCCAGGAAGGUUACAAAAUUGAAAUUUCUCGAGCAGAGAGAAAGAGAGAAAGAUCAAUUUACUCCGAAGAGGCAUACCAUUAUGGUCCUAUUGGAUAUGUGCCAAUUACUGCUCCUCUGUCUCCACCUCAGGCUUCCAUGAUUCCUGAUCAAGCUUUUGUUCCUACCGAAGCAGUUGGACAUAUAGUUGCUGCUCCGCAGUCUUCUGUUGCAGAUGGUGCCUCUGUUGCUACUGAUUACAAAAAAGAAGAAAUGGAUUCAUUAUCCACCAACGGAAUAAAGAAAGAUAAUACUGUUGACGAGGAAUCUGAGACUGAGAAUGAAGUGAAAUUGGGAGAGGACGGUUCGGAAAAGAAAAAGAACGGCGAUUCCAAUUCAAAAAGGACGAAGACAAGAAGGAAGUCUUCCGCAAACUAUUUCAUGUCAUCUGAUUCAAAUAUGCUGUCUUCAGCGGCUGGUCUUCCAAUAGCAGGGCCAGAUUAUCAAGACUCCAAUCUAUAUAUCACACAUCUACCCUUGGAAUUCACUGACGCUGAUCUGGAGAAGCUCUUUUCCUCAUUUGGUCCUAUAGUCUCUGCCAAGGUAAUCACGUAUCAAAGAAACAACAAGAGCGGGAAGAUGGAUCAACCAAUAGGCUCACGUGAUGCCAAGGGCAAAGAUCCUGAGAGUCUAGUUGGAAAAUCAAAAGGUUUCGGUUUUGUUUGCUUCCAGAAGCCUGUUUAUGCCUCCAAAGCAUUGGUGGCAAUGAAUGGCUAUAAGCUUGACUCAACACAUAUUCUAAACAUUUCCUUUGCGCAAAGGAAGGAAAACAAGUUUGAAAGAGGAAGACUUCGUCACUACAACCAGAAUAACCUAGAGAACUUUUACAGGUAUUUCAAUUAUCAAAUUCCUCCUAGUUACGGAUACCCUUCUUAUACUAUUCCGGAUGGAAAGAUUUCUGACGAGAAAGCUUCAUCAAGAUUCUAUGAGUCCCCUCAGGCUGCAUUACCAUUUUUCUCUCCUCCAAUGCCAAUUAUGGUUUCUCCUGUCACUAAAGACUAUAAGGCCAAAACCGACAAAGAGACUGAUGAUGCUGGCUCUAAUUCUGAAAGCGACGACCAUAACGAUGAUAACAAGCAUGACAACUAUGAUGAUGAAAGUGGUAGUGCAUCAGAAGUGUCUGAUGAUGGGGAAAAUGUUGAUGCGCAGGCAUUUCCACCUCCAUUUGUUCCGUAUGGCUCAUUUUACUACUAUUCGUACCCUCAGAUGUAUGAUGCACCAGCAUUUAUUCCAGCAGGAAACACUGAAAGGCGGUAA